AGCGAGGAAGCAGAAGGACAACCAACGAAGGAGAAGGUGGCCCCACCCGAGCAAAACAAAGGUGUCUUGUACGAGGUUUUUAAAGUUUGUUUUUAAAGAAUGAAGCGGUUGCUCCCCGAGUCUGAUGAGUCUGGGAACUGGAAAAAAAAGUUGAAAUUCUCACAAUCCGAACUGCAGGCAAUGAUCGAGCAGGAAGUGCAAAAGGCAGUAAGAGUGCGGAACUCCAGGCUUCAGUUUUUAACAGAAACCAUUCAACUACUUCAACAUGACAUCCAUUAUGAGAGCACCAUCCGAAAACUUGAGGCACGUAUUGACACUAUUACAAAGAGAGCAAAAGCAGCACUUGCCGCCAUGAAGUCAGAGAAACAGAGUGCUUCUUUUGUCGAUGGGGAAGUUAUCAACUUAGACUCUGACGAGGAGAGCAUGCCAGAGGAAAUAAAGCACAACAAAACCAAGAAGAACUGUCUCAUAGAAAUCAUGGAAACCACCAAAUCGUCUUUACAGAGGAUGCACGCAGAAAAUCAAGCUAUAAUGAGCGCCAUGGCAGACUUAAGUAAGAGUACUCCCGUGAGUGAGAUGAAGCAAAUGAAAGCACAACCUAUUUCGCAUUCCAAGAGCAACAGCGUCCAACACACAUCCUCACACCAGGACGAGCCUCCGUAUCCUCCCCUGCCUUUGAACCCUUUCCCCUCCGUCCUGAACAUGGAGGCUGCGUCCUACAACAUCCCCGGAAAAAUGACUGUCCACUUGGCUCUCAUCAAGCAGCCUGCCAGCCUGUCGGUGAUGUGGAAUGGAGACGAGAAGGACACCUCUCUGCCACCAAUGGAAAGCUACAGUAUCCUGCUAACAAUGGAAAAGGUCAAGGGAAGUAGGGUCUUCCCAGCUUGGAGAACGUUGGGGACGGUGCUUGCUAAACCUCUGCCGAUGUGCGUGUCCAUCACCAAAUACAAUCCAGGGCACAAGCUGUGUGUUGCUGUGGUGGGCAAAGACAUUUAUGGCCGCUAUGGACCCUACAGUGAUGUGGUGUCUGCAGUCAUACCCGAGUAGAACCAGAAAGAGAGGAGGUUGUUUGGGUUAAGGGUCUACAGUCGUCCCUCGCCACGUCACGGUUUGAAUUUCGCGGCUUCACUCUUAUCAGUUUUUAAAUUUAUACAAAUUAAUAAAUAGCUGUUUUGUGGUUGACGACGGUCAAAAAUAUGCAUGUUUAAGCAAAAUGUAUGUUUUUUUGGCCUAAAUUAAGUAUUUUUGUGCAGAAAAAUGAGAAAAUGAACUAGAAUACAAAUAAGACAUUUAGAAAAUGCAUUGAAAGACAUGUGGUAUGUAGUAUUCUACGCUGGUCACUAGGUGUCAGCAAUAUCACAUUGGUGAGACAAUAGCCACUGCAGGAAGUACCCCUAGUAGUAGUAAAAAGAAACAAACACUUCUGUCAUAUUUUCUUUUUUUUAAUACCAUAUUGGUAAUAUGAGUGUAAAGGUGACUAUAGGGGUGCUAUUUCACAGCUGGAGGUCUCUUGUUAGUGUUAAAACCCAUAUGUAGAAUGUUGUAAACACAUUUUCUAUGCUAUUAACUAUAACUGAAAAUAUACAAUUUAUAAGUAAGAAAUCCUACUUCGUGGUCAGGCCUGGAACCAAAUAACCACCAUCAACGAGGAAUGUCUGUACUCUGAAAUGCCUCUGUGACUACAUUACAGUAUUUGUACAGUAUUUGUGUGUCUGUUGUACAUACAAAGUUAUUUUUAAAUGAAUAAAAUGAUUUUAAAAAAAUGAAGGUCAUGUUGUACAAGUAAAUGUUGCAUUGUUAAAAAUUUAAUAGAAUUUACCUAAAAAAACUGACAAUUGGCCUAUUUACUGUUUUA